AUGGGGGUAAAACAGACAGCAUCAAAGUCGAGGUCGGCUUAUAUCCGCAACCUGUCGUUACUUUUGUUGACGAUACAAUAUGCUUCAACCGUCGUGUUGAUCCAUUACUCCAGGGUAAUGCCCACCGUCGCCGGGAAACGAUACGUAACAUCAACCGCCGUCUUCCUGACCGAAGCCAUCAAGCUCGCCAUCUCACUAACAAUGGCACUCUACGAAAUCUCCAAACGGGUACCGCCCUCAAUGCCCGCCACAUCACUUUUCUCUACCCUCUCGAAUACAAUCUUCUCAGGCGAUAGCUGGAAGCUGGCUCUUCCAGCAUGCCUGUACACUCUCUCGAACUCGUUGCAAUACGUGGCGUUGUCGAAUCUUGAUCCGGCUACGUAUCAGAUUACAUAUCAGGUUAAGCUGCUUUUUGCGGCUGUUUUUGGGCUGGUGGUGCUGCAGCGGUAUAUUCCCGCAAGGAAUUGGGGAUUGUUGUUGUUUUUGGCUGCUGGUGUGGUGCUGCUACAUGCGCCGGGCCAUGAGUCCGAUCGUCUAGUGGCGAGAGAUGAAUCUGUGCAUUUUCCGAGGUCGUUGGAGGAAUGGAAACAGAAGAAGGGAUAUUCGCCUAUGAAGGUUAUGAAACGAUCUGCGAGUUAUGAGGGCAUUGAGGAGGAUAUGUUGCUUGAACAUCCUACUCUUGACGGCCGAGUAGGUCUGAUUGCCACGCUUUGCGCAUGUGUUGCGUCCGCUUUGGCUGCGGUCAGUUUUGAGAAGGUCAUUCGGGAUAGUGCGGCGAAAACGUCGCUGUGGGUGCGAAAUGUGCAGUUGGCGCUUCAGUCAGUGGUACCUGCGUUUUUUGUCGGUGUGAUUUUUCUCGACGGAGAGGUUAUUGCGAAGCAAGGGUUCUUUGCCGGUUACAGUUGGAUUGUCUGGGUGAUUAUUUUCAUUCAAGCUAUUGGUGGUAUCGGCGCUGGGUAUGCCAUUGCGUAUACAGACAAGACUGCAAAGACUAUCGCGACGGGGUUCAGUCUUGUUGUGGCGAUUUUGACCAGUCUGUCUGUAUUUGAUUUGGAUUUGUCAGUCAACUUCUCCAUCGGCGCCGCCAUAGUCUUAAUCGCAUCAUUCUUAUACGGAAGCUCUACACCAUCCACAUCCCCCCUGGUCAGAAUGCGGCCACCCCCAAUCCGAAUUGAGAGCUACGAUGCCGCCGAGGAUCGGAGACCUGGUGUCUCACCUCCGAACGACUUCUCCAUCAAACUCCCAACUACGCCGUCAUUAUCUGCAGGCCUCUCAACGUCGCGGCCUGCAUCUCCGAGUCAUUCGCGAGUUAAAUCAAACCAAAGCGGCUCGGGAUAUUUCCUUGAACCUGAUGCAUAG